GGGUAUUUAAAUUACUCAACAGGUCUAUAUAUCGUGCUAAAUAACUAACUUGCAUUUACGCAGUCGUUUGUGUAAACCGGAACUAACAUUUUGCAAUUUCCUAAUUAUAACCCACAGAAAGUGCCACGUUUUAUGGUGAAAUGGAGAACAGCAAAAGUAGCAAAAGCGAUGAAGGGAGUGAUGAUAAAGACGAUGAUACAACAGACAGAAGGAAAACACCUGAAUUUGAAGACAAGGUCGUAUCUAAACUUUUGCGGAGGAUCGGUGAAAAAAGUUUAAUUCCUUUGUUUUCCCAACAACGCAUCACUAUGGAGAUGUUAAUGGAUCUAAAUCAUGCAGAUCUUCGUGAAGUAGGGAUCGACAUAUUUGGUCAAAGGCAUAAGAUAUUGACUGAGGUAGCACGACUGAAGCGAGAGAGGGGACAGAGAAACAAAGUUUCUCGAUGUGGACUACAUCCCUUCAAUACCACGUGUCCCGGGCGAAAACGGAAGCUGGAAAACCAAAAUGUUAUGACAAAGAAAAUGAGAUUAGGGGUCAGAAAUGUGCACGCAGAAGUGCCUGUUGUAGUCUCUACUGCCUCCAGUAUACAACCUCAUACAUCUGUGACAACCACCAGUCCCUCUGUCUGUCAGACUACACUAUGUCAGUCGUCUCAGGCACAGACCUCGUCAGCUAUCGCUUCGUCUUCACUGCAUGUUGGAUCAACAGCAAAUAGUGCUGUAUUAGCAACACCAAUACCAACGACAGCAAUACCAGCAACAACUACAGCAGGUACACCAACGACCGUAACAACAGCAGUAACUUCAGCAACAUCAAUCACUGCCUCAGUCUCAACAACAAUAUCAGCGAUACAGAACCCUGCAACAACAGGCACCUCAUCAUCAACAUCCUCUCUGGUCUUAUCUUCUACAGUCAAUCUCUUGUCAAACACCACGACAACACCCAGCCAUACGUUAACGACAUCCAGCGUAUCGUGUGUUUCCAGAUCGGCUCAAACAGGAAGUAACGUUUUACCAGUCCCUACCCCUUGUGUGCAUUGUACACAAAACACAAUUACAGAUGAAGAGAACAAUUUCCUACGAUACUUUCUUCUUGCUCAGCUUUGUACGCAGGCCUUGCGGAUUCUGUUCGACUCAUUUGUCAAACCUGUGUCUCUGACAAAUCACCUACAGAAUGUAAAACCAAAAUUAAAACACUGUACAGCGCAACAAAAAGCCAUCCUAUAUCCUGUUGCCGGGGGACCUGUGACCUCAGCAGACUUUGAUACAUCUCUUCUGUACACCCUGCUGCGUAACACAGUGAAAAUCACACCUCCAACGAGUGGAUGGAAUAAUGAACCAAAUCCUGUUGACAUCUCAAAGGGAGACGAUGUGGAGAGAAUAAGAUUCGCCAGGAAUUUUUUAUGUCAUGGUAAAACGUCCAUGGAUCAAAUAACAUUCAAUUCAAAAUGGACAUGUCUUUCUGAGGCGAUCAGACGACUGAGCAGCGGUUCCCUUAAUGGUGAUGUUGCCUCCUUAGCAACAAGGAAGUUUGAUAAAUCUGAUAAACAGGUCAUAUUGGAUGACUUCCUGCUUCUUAAAAAAAGGUUUCAACAAUUAGAGAGAAGACAUAUUCCUUUUAAUGUCCGAGAACAGCAAGAAGAGAUAUUGAAUAAAUGGGAAAUAGAGUAUGAAGUUCUUUGCAAAACACGAGCGUACUACAGAGUGAAAUCAGAAAUUGAGUCCAAAGACACCGUGACAAUAAUAAGCGGUCCAGGAAUGGGAAAAACAUUCAUUGCCAGGCAGACAUGUCUUCAUCUACAAAAUGAAGGUUGGGAAAUCAUCCCGGUCCAACAUAUAGACGAGAUGACUAGCUAUCGCCUCGUCAGUAUCAAGCAGGUGUUUCUUCUUGACGAUCCUGUGGGAGUAUUUGGAUUCGAUCGAUCAGCAUCAACUGCUAUAGAAAGAAUGUUUGAAGCUUUUGCUCCUUCAGAUAAAACCAAAUUUAUUUUUACCUGCAGAAAAGCUGUUUAUAAUGAAUGCAAAGAUAUGAAACACACUUUCUUCAGAAAUAUUAUCGAUAUUGGAGGAUCAGAUCUUUUGUUGAAUGAAAACGAAAUGAAAGACAUGUUAGCUUCUCACUGUAAAAGUGCAGGAGUGGAGGAGAAAGUGUAUAUAAACAUCUCGCUACAUCCUGGUAUGACAAUGUUCCCACUUUUAUGCCGUUUAUUUGUAAACGACAAAGAAAAUCAGAAAUAUGGAAGUUUUUUUUUUGAAAAGCCCAAUAAAAGCAUCAUUGACCAAUUCGAGAAAAUGAGAAAUCAAAAGGAGUCACAAUAUGCAGCACUUGUUUUGUGUAUGUUGAGAGAAAAUGGUAUAACAAACACGGAUAUUUCUGAACAUAUUAGGCUAAUAAGUUCUAAUUUUGAUGCUAAUCCAUUUUGUAUUCAAAAGUCUCUCAAGGAAUUGACAGGAACAUAUGUUGUGAAGAAUAACGAGGUUUAUUCUUUCUCACAUGACUGUUUAUUCGAGGCCAUUGCAUACCUACAUGCUUUGGAAUUCCCUGAACAGGUACUGGACUUGCUGCCAAGUAGUUACAUCGCAAACAACAUUCAUGUUACAAAUGAAACUAUGGAUUCAGGAUGUGCAAAUUUAUGUGUCUGCUUAAAUGAAGAUUACUUUGAAUUCCUUUCAAGAAGACUUUUGAGGGAUAUCAAAGACGUACAUCUUUAUGAUGUUUUUGUUGGAAACAGUCUUAGAAGUGAUUUUUUUUUGGAUUACUUUAUUUCCUUUCUUGACACGGUGUCCAGAGAUGACCUUAUAGAUUUGUUUUUAACUGUUCAUUCUUCUGACUCGAAAUUACUUCAGUUUAGUGGAAGGGUAAUGGAAAGGACUGAAUGCUGGGGAAAAGAAUAUUAUCAACAAAAAUUGCUCAUUGGAGAAAAUAUUACAAUUAGUGCAAUUACAAGAGAAGAAAAUGGCGAAUUCAUGCAGAACAGUGCUAGUUCUCACUACAGCAUACUUGCAUUGAGUUGGAUUAUCCAUUAUGGGCAUUGUAGGCUUUUGUCUUAUGUCUUUAAAAGACUUAGUGAUAGUCAACAAUUGUCUGAAUUAAGGGAAUCUGAAGGCGCCAGGUUGUUAUUGCUCGCGUGUUUCAGUGGAAAUUUGGGGGUAGUUCAGCAACUCGUCAGUUGGUUAGGGAUGUUAUAUCUCAAUAGAUCUCCAAAUCAAAAAACCGACAACAACAAUGAGCACUUGUGUUUCACUCCCUUAACAGGUGCUGUUUUUGCUGGAUUUGAAUCGGUGAUAGAAUUCCUUGUUAACGAAGGAGCCGACGUGAAUCUGCAGGAUGACACAUAUGAAAAAGAUACCCCUCUCACCAAAGCCUGCAGACUAGGAUAUACCAUAAUGGUGCAAACACUCUUACGGUGCAAAGCAGAUAUCAACCAUAUCAGUGGUACAAUAAGAUCGCCAUUGUUCUGGGCAUCACGGAUGUCUAGAACUGAUAUAGUGAGGCUAUUGAUACAGAACAAAUGUGAUGUUAAUAUAGUUGACUCUGGGGGCAGAAGCGCUUUGCAUGAAGCAACAGAAAAGGGAUUUGAUGAUAUUGUGAAACUGUUGGUUGAGAACAUGGCCGAUACAACUUUGGUAGACAUAGGUGGAAUAUUGGCCGUAAAACUGACAAAGGAAUCGAAUAAAAACAUCAUAAAAACACAGAUCAUGUCACAGUGCAAAAAUACCACCUCAUUUUGCCAAAUAUUUGUUCAAGAACUAAUACAAAUGAUAACUUAUAAAUUCUACAGAAAUGAACCUCUACCAAACGCUUUAAAAGACAAACCAUGUUCCUGUCUUUUUGAUAUACUCACCAUGUCGGAAUCAAACAAACCGUUACCUCAGGAUUGGCAUUCUUUCUGUUUUCUCCAUUAUAAUUCAACAGGACAUCAAUCUGUACUGAGGUGUUUAUUAAGUCAUGGAUACCAGAUCAUUUCCACCAAUCCCUACCUUCAAGACGCACUGGUUACUGCAUCAAGGAAUGGACACAUUGAGAUAGUCAAACAUUUAGUAGAAUACGGUGCUGACGUCAAUAUUUCCAAUCACAAGAAUGUUAAACCGCUCUUUAUGGCAACACAGAAUGGACACACCGAGAUAGUCAAACAUUUAGUAGAACACGGUGCUGAUGUCAAUAUUUGUUAUGACAAGAAUGUUACACCGCUCUUUAUAUCAUCACAGAAUGGACACACUGAGAUAGUCAAACAUUUAGUAGAACAUGGUGCUGUUGUCAAUAUUUGUAAUGACGAGAAUGUUACACCACUCAAUAUGGCAUCACAGAAAGGACACACUGAGAUAGUCAAACAUUUAGUAGAACACGGUGCUGAUGUCAAUAUUUGUUAUGACAAGAAUGUUACACCGCUCUUUAUAUCAUCACAGAAUGGACACACUGAGAUAGUCAAACAUUUAGUAGAACAUGGUGCUGUUGUCAAUAUUUGUAAUGACGAGAAUGUUACACCACUCAAUAUGGCAUCACAGAAAGGACACACUGAGAUAGUCAAACAUUUAGUAGAACACGGUGCUGAUGUCCAUAUUUGUAAUGACAAGAAUGUUACACCGCUCUUCAUGGCAUCACAGAAUGGUCACACUGAGAUAGUCAAACAUUUAAUAGAACACGGUGCCGAUGUCAAUAUUUGUGAUGAUAAAAAUAAUACCCCACUCUUAAUGGCAUCACAGAAUGGACACACUGAGAUAGUCAAACAUUUAGUAGAACACGGUGCUGAUGUCAAUAUUUGUAAUGACAAGAAUGUUACACCACUCAAAUUGGCAUCACAGAAAGGACACACUGAGAUAGUCAAACAUUUAAUAGAACACGGUGCCGAUGUCAAUAUUUGUGAUGAUAAAAAUAAUACCCCACUCUUAAUGGCAUCACAGAAUGGACACACUGAGAUAGUCAAACAUUUAGUAGAACACGGUGCUGAUGUCAAUAUUUGUAAUGACAAGAAUGUUACACCGCUCUUAAUUGCAUCACUCAUCGGUCACACUGAGAUAGUCAAAUAUUUAGUAGAACACGGUGCUGAUGUCAAUAUUUGUAAUGACGAGAAUGUUACACCGCUCUUAAUUGCAUCACAGAAUGGACACACUGAGAUAGUCAAAUAUUUAGUAGAACACGGUGCUGAUGUCAAUAUUUGUAAUGACGAGAAUGUUACACCGCUCUUAAUUGCAUCACAGAAUGGACACACUGAGAUAGUCAAACAUUUAGUAGAACACGGUGCUGAUGUCAAUAUUUGUAAUGACGAGAAUGUUACACCGCUCUUAAUUGCAUCACAGAAAGGACACACUGAGAUAGUCAAACAUUUAUUAGAACACGGUGCUGAUGUCAAUAUUUGUGAUUAUAAAAAUAAUACCCCACUCUUAAUGGCAUCAGAGAAUGGACACACUGAGAUAGUCAAACAUUUAGUAGAACACGGUGCUGAUGUCAAUAUUUGUAAUGACAAGAAUGUUACACCGCUCUUAAUUGCAUCACUGAUCGGUCACACUGAGAUAGUCAAACAUUUAGUAGAACACGGUGCUGAUGUCAAUAUUUGUAAUGACGAGAAUGCUACACUGCUCCAUAUGGCAUCACAGAAUGGACACACUGAGAUAGUCAAACAUUUAGUAGAACACGGUGCUGAUGUCAAUAUUUGUAAUGACAAGAAUGUUACACCGCUCUUAAUUGCAUCACUCAUCGGUCACACUGAGAUAGUCAAAUAUUUAGUAGAACACGGUGCUGAUGUCAAUAUUUGUAAUGACAAGAAUGUUACACCACUCAAUAUAGCAUCACAGAAUGAACACACUGAUAUAGUCAAAUAUUUAGUAGAACACGGUGCUGAUGUCAAUAUUUGUGAUGACAAGAAUGUUACACCGCUCUUUAUUGCAUCACUGAUCGGUCACACUGAGAUAGUCAAACAUUUAGUAGAACACGGUGCUGAUGUCAAUAUUUGUGAUGACGAGAAUGUUACACCGCUCUUCAUGGCAUCACAGGAAGGACACACUGAGAUAGUCAAACAUUUAGUAGAACACGGUGCUGUAAUAUUUGUAAUGUGAGAAAUGUUACACCGCUCUUUAUGGCAUCACAGAAUGGACACACUGAGAUAGUCAAAAAUUUAGUAGAACACGGUGCUGAUGUCAAUAUUUGUAAUGACAAGAAUGUUACACCAAUCAAUAUAGCAUCAGAGAAUGGACACACUGAGAUAGUCAAAAAUUUAGUAGAACACGGUGCUGAUGUCAAUAUUUGUAAUGACAAGAAUGUUACACCACUCAAUAUAGCAUCAGAGAAUGGACAUACUGAGAUAGUCAAACAUUUAGUAGAACACGGUGCCGAUGCUACUGUAUCUGUAUUGUGAAUAUUUAAAAAGAAACUGAUGACUUCAAUGGCUAUAAAAUAUUUUGAUCCACAAAAAAGAUGUGUUUUUGUAAGUAUGGAUAUUUCAGUGCAAUCUGAGUAAAAUUCAAAAUGAAUGAAAUUUUUUAAUUUGUACUGUUGUAAUUUUAUCCAAAAAUGAAUAUAUUUUUUUGAUAGAUCAGAAUUUCAAUGUUCAUUUGUUGAAAUAAAGUUAUCGCUAGAGUA